AUGCCGGGCUACACACUAGCAGUCAUCGGGUGCGGCACCAUGGGCGUCGCCAUCCUGUCUGGCGUACUCGACUCUCAACGAUCGCAGCAGGCGCUUGCAUCGUCAAUGGCAUCCUCCAUCUCUUCGCUAAACGACUCCACCACGGGCGACGACCUCACCGAGCUGCCCAGCAGAUACAUUGCCACGGUCAACCGGCUUGAGUCUGUGCGUCGCCUCAAGAAGACCUUCUCCGAGUAUCCCGACAUCGAGAUCCACGCGGGCAAAAACGUCCAAGCCGCCCGGGAUGCCGACGUGAUCCUCCUCGGCUGCAAGCCACAGAUGGUGGAGGACAUCAUCGCCGAGCCGGGCAUGAAGGAGGCGUUGGACGGGAAGCUGGUCAUCUCUAUCUGCGCUGGUCUGCGCAUUUCGCAGAUGGUUGAAUGGGUGACUCCCGCAACCAAAGUGGUGCGUGCGAUGCCCAACACCCCCUGCAAGAUUCGCGAAGGCAUGACCAUCCUCACCCCUUUGCCGUCAUCCCUGCCCAACGCAGGACUUGACCGCAACAUCCUCCUCUCCAUAUUCAGCGCCGUCGGGCGGUGUCGCUUCUUGGACGAAAAGCACUUUGAUGCGUGCACAGCGCUCGCCGGCUCCGGUCCUGCGUUUGCGUGCGUGUUCCUGGAAGCCAUGGCAGAUGGAGGGGUAAUGAUGGGUCUCCCGCGACAGGAGGCGCUGGAGUUGGCUGCGCAGACCAUGCAGGGUGCUGCGAGGAUGGUCAUGCAGUCCGGAAUGCAUCCCGCUGCUAUCAAGGAUUCGGUGACCACGCCCGGCGGAUGCACGAUUGCGGGUCUGUUGAACUUGGAGGACGGCAAGGUCAGGAGCACUGUUGCGCGUACCAUCCAGGCUGCUGCGGAACACGCCAGCGGGCUCGGUCAGAACAAGAAGUAG